UUCUGUGACGUUUCUGUGACGUUUGUCUGUGUGCAGAUAAGUCCUGCUUCAACAGCCUGUUUAACUACGAGGACAUGCAGGAGGUGACGCAGAACUUCUCUGUCCUCCACGUGGACGCCCCCGGGCAGCAGGAGAACGCCCCCACCUUCCCCCCAGGGUACCAGUACCCCAGUCUGGAGCAGCUGGCGGAGAUGCUGCCGCCGGUCCUCGUCCAGCUGCAGGUGAAGAGCGUGAUCGGCAUCGGAGUCGGAGCCGGAGCCCACAUCCUCACCAGGCUGGCUCUGAACGAGCCCAGCCUGGUGGAAGGCCUGGUUCUGAUAGACAUCGACCCGUGUGCCAAAGGCUGGGUGGACUGGGCCGCCUCUAAGCUGAGCGGCUGGACCAGCAGCCUGGUGGACGUCAUCAUGGGACACCACUUCAGCUCCGACCAGCUGGCCGAGAACCAGGAGAUCGUCCAGACCUACAGACUCCACAUGUCGCAGGACGUUCCUCAGGAGAACCUGGCCAUGUUCUACAGCAGCUAUGAAAGCCGAUCGGAGCUGCAGAUGGAGCGGCCCGUCCCCGGACUGGACCAGAACACCUCCAGCACUCUCAGGUGUCCCACUCUGCUGGUGGUUGGGGACACGUCUCCAGCGGUGGACGCUGUGGUGGAGUGUAACUCCAGGCUGAAUCCCACCAGGACCACACUGCUGAAGAUGGCGGACUGCGGCGGACUUCCACAGGUGGUCCAGCCUGGAAAGUUGGCGGAGGCCUUCAAGUACUUCGUCCAGGGGAUGGGCUACAUGCCCACAGCCGGGAUGACCCGUCUGGUUCGCUCCAGAACCCACUCGGCCUCCAGUGCGGGUUCCUCGGAGGGGCCCCGGGGCCGCAGCAGCGUCCUGGAGGGCGCCGACCCCCAGAACCCAGCGGUCCAAACCAUAGAGAUGACGGCGUAGAACCAGAGCCGGUCCAGGUUCUCCAACAGCCUCGGUUCUUCCUGCAGGAUCUCAGAGUGGAGUAGAGCGGACCUGUGUGGUUCUGUUAGUUCCCCUCUGUGGGGCCCGGCCGUUACCACGGUAACGCUUUCUAUCUUCAUGAGUUCAGGUGUUGUUCUGUGGUUCCGUUUCUCUUGGGUUAGAUGUUCUUUUCCUUUGGACUCUAUCUUUCUGUGGGAUGUUUAUAGAAAUCUUCGGUUCUGACUCUCAGACUUUUGGGUCAAACUGUUUCUGUUUGGACGGAAACCUUCAAUUAGACGCCAGAACACCUCGUUACAGCAGAACCCCCCGACAGUCACGGCCCAAUCGGACCCUAGUUUCCCCGUUUUAUAUCAGUCCGCAUGCUGAAUGGUGGCAGUGAAGUGGUUCUGGAUCUGAUGGAUCCCCUCUGUGAUGUUAAAUGGACCCAAACAGAAGCCGCUCCACAUCCCGGGGUCCGAUUCAUGAAGCAGGUUUAACAGAUUCACAUCUUCAACUCUAAAUUAGUCUAGCCUAAAGUCGGGAACUCUGAGUGUUCGGUUUUAUAAACAGUUAGCCA